AUGACCAGUGCUUUGGAAGUCGAUUGUGGUACAAACAGUUUUUUUCACGACAAAAAGAGCAUGUCCGCUGGAAAUUCUUCGUAUGUUCAUCUGUUGGCAGGAGGGUACGUUGUUGACAGAAAGUUUUUUCGUUGGAGGAAGCGAUUUAUUCCACAACAUGCUGUACGACAUUACGUUGAAUGUUUACAGGCUAGGCUUACGUUUGUGGCUUGUUUUGGAGUAGUUCUCAGUAUUAAAGAUCUUUGGAGAUGCUUAUAUUAGAAAGAACUUAUGCUGUACAAGAACUAAUUAACUUUGCGAUGCUUAAGGUUGAAACAGAUACCGGGGCCACUAAGUAAGCUUAUAUACGGAGUUUCUUAGUGCACGCCAAGGCACGCGAAGCGAGUGACUGUUUUUGUGAAUUUCCUCUGAAAUAAGCGCUUUUCAGUUUUCCAAUUUCAUUUAUGCUUUCAAUUUUUAUUGUGAGGGCAAUUCUGUACAUAUCAUGUGUUGUGAUUAUGUAGGUUUUCAUUUAAAAUCUCAAAUAGUUCAUAUUCGUCUUGUUUACAACUUGUUGGCGCGCUUCGUUAGAAAUGCUUCAGUGCUGAGGGAACGCUCCCCUGAUACAAACAUUUGUAAGACGAAUUUAAGCAUAAGUUUGAAUCCUUUCUCUAGGAUUGGAGGAACAGUGGGUGCUACUUUAACUUGUCCCCUGGAAGUCGUAAAGACGAGAUUACAGGUAGGAUACGAAACAUUCGUUAGCUAAAAACAGUUUUCAGUGCAAGCGUGACUGGCUAUGUACAGUAAACGAGGAAGUUUGCAUGUUAUGUUCUAGAGUGCAUGCAAUGCAUGCAUUUGGUCAUGCUUAUGCCGAUGGUUUUCCUUAUAAUACUACAUAUUUAUUUUGUUCUGUUUCUGUAUUUGGACUCUUAAACUAUGUAGAAGAUUUUGUUCCUGUAAGAUGUAAAAUAGAAUGAAAUUUUUUCAAUUUGAAGGUCAAAAUCGGAUGCAUAAACAGUUGUAGAAUUUCUGCUAUACUGCCAGGGCUUGUCUGUAUUCCAAGAAAGUCAGCUCUUGCUGGCCAAGAACGAGCUGUUUUUCAAAUGUAGCCCGUUUCGAUAUUGGAAUGAAUUGGUAUGAUGUUUGUUUACAGUGUUGCGACACACUAGCAACCUGUAGAUUGGACUACAGAGGCAAGAUUGAGAUUAGUCAGAAUUCUGGGGACGUUUCUGGUCUCACCUCUUUUUGCUGACUAGUACAUGAAGCUGGAAGGGACACGAUUGGUGUGACAUGUGACACAAGUUCAUGUUCUCGCUCAGUCGAAAGGUCCCUAUUAGGCAACAAGUUGUUGUGGCCUGUUUCUGUGACAAACCAUUCUGUCAGGUGGAUUGGAUCAGUUGGCAUGUCUCAACCACACAACUCAAGGAUAAAUUUCGGAGAAGAUUCCCUUGUGUAAUAUGUACAAUUUUUGUGAAAAUCUCUGCACAGCAGAAUUUUUCUCUGUGACAAGUUUCCUUUAUUGUGGGAAGAACUGCCAAUGUGCUGAGUCCAUGUCACAAGAAGAAACUUGUUGUCAGGACUUGAUGCCCAUUGUUUCCAAGACAUCUGACAAGUAAUUUGAUUAGUUGUCAUUAUGUGACGUUAUUGUCUAACAAAUCAUUUUAUUUGUUCUUUAGUCCUCAGUGCCCACUUUUAGACAUGUUUUGUGUCCAACAGCCUCAGGUUCAGGGGUAUGGACAAUUCCAGUGGCGAUUUCCCCUACAAGACCUGUUGGCAUCCUUUCUUGCUUAAGACACAUCAUACAGACUGAAGGAGUCGUGGCAUUGUUUAAAGGUCUUGGACCCACACUGGUCGGUGUCGCACCAUCCAGAGCGAUGUACUUUAUGGUGUAUGCAAAUGCCAAACAUGCACUCAACAACAGCGGCGUGGUGCUUCGAGACAGCAAGCUUGUACACAUUGGCUCGGCUCUUUCUGCAGGUUAGCAUUGUAAAUUUUUCUUAUCAUUUGAUUUACACAUCUGAGAUUGUUUACCCACUCAGCAGGGCACGUCCAAAUCUUAGACAACGAGUAAAUGUCUUUAUCAUUUGACUGCAUCAUGCCAGCCUCCUGUCAGCUGGGAAGUGCUCUGGAAUAAUUUUUGCUGAUGAUUUGAGUUUCUUGCCUGGGUAAAGAAUACCCUUACAGAACAUCAGUGCAAUUCUUCAUGUUGGUGCCCCAAAACAAUCAAAUGGCAGCCAUGUCUGUUCCCAAACCAGUCUUGUGGAAGUUGAGCCUUUCUCUUUUGAGAAAAACGUUCUCUUGCUCUAAUAAAUUUGCUAGCCAUGCAAGCGAAAAGGCUCUAUACCAUAGUUUAUCAUUGGUACAUAAAAACACAUAGACCACCCAGUCAAAAACAAAUUUUAAUAGCCAUCUUUUAAAUAUUCUGUUGUCAACAGUUUUCUCACUGUUUUUCUGUUUUUGCUGUAUAGUAAAUCAGUACCUCAUCCACUCUAACAAAUGCCCUUUUUGUUCAUAGGUUUUGUCACUUCAACAUUGUCUAGUCCACUUUGGGUUGUGAAAACAAGACUUCAACUUGAUAAUAAGUGAGUACUGGGAGAAUAUUGAUAAAAUGCAGUAUUAUUAAUUCACAAAAUAAUUAUUAAUGAAGCAAGGCAUUGUAUAUCACAUGGCUGUAGCGAUUAUAGAUAUUCAGAUGUUCUUGCCCUAUGGGUAGAAACUUCUCGUAAUUUCCAGUCAAAUCACAAACAUAGGUAUAUUUUAUGCUAUUUUGAAAGGGGUUGUCAUAAAAAAUGUGAUGUAUCAAAAAUAGCUGGAUGCAUUUAACUAUUUUAAAGUAUUUGAAGGUGAGGACAAUUUCUGGAUUGAAUGUAUUAUUUUUAGCUCAUAGUGUUACUUUGACAUGCUUAGAUUCUUUGCUAUGAAUUCAUGCUUCUUGUACUAAUAAGUAAUGUUGAUUAUUUCAGAAACACAACAAGAGGACAGAUAACAAAACUCAUUCAUAGUAUUUGGAAGACAGAUGGAUUAAAGGGUUUUUAUCGUGGACUAACUGCAACAUAUUUUGGGACAAGUGAGACUGUCAUUCAUUUUGUUAUUUAUGAACACAUCAAAGCUAAACUUCAAAGACAUCACUUUAAGGUGCGAGGAACUAGCGAGAAAAACAUCAUAGACUUCUUUCAAUAUAUGAUGGCUGCGGCAACUUCCAAGUGCAUAGCAUCCAUUGCAGCGUAUCCUCAUGAAGUGAUCAGGACAAGGUUACGACAAAAAGAGCUGGACGGAAAGAGAAGAUACCACUCAUUUUUUCAAGCUUUUAGGAAAAUAUUCCGUGAAGAAGGAAGAGCUGGACUUUAUGGUGGGCUAGGUACUCACCUUCUUCGACAAGUUCCGAACACAGCGAUCGUCUUUUUAACGUAUGAAGCUGUAGUUCAUUGCUUAAGUAAAGAUGACCUUCCAUGAAACCAGGGGGCUAUACACUACAGUAAAUGUGUACUCACAUUGACAUCCUUAAUGUUUUGGCUGAACAGUGAUUUAGUGAAGCUUGAGUAACAAGUACUUUAUUUUUUCAGUAUAAAUGUUGACAGCAAAUGACAUGAAAGAAAUUUUUUGUGGGAAAAGAAAGACUUAAAGACACUGUGCAAAGUUUGUGUAAAAUAGUGACUGGUUUUAUGCAGGCAGUACAUUCAUUUUUAUUCGUUCAGUGUUGUUUUUAAAUUGUAUAUUAUUGGUAGGCUGCUAGUACAUGUAUAAUAUAUAGGCGAAUCUUUGCUGACGUCAUUGUUUACAUUUUUGCUCAUGUGCAUACGAGUAAACCCAUAGAGGUGUCAUUGUAGGCACAAAUAAUAUUGAAUUCAACAAUUUAAACAGUUGGUUAAUUUGAGCAAUUUGUGUUAUUUUUAGCUCUUUGUGAGCAACAGCAAAGGAAAUAGCUACCACUGAAAACUGCAAAAUUGCUGGGUGGCAAAGACGUUAAUAACCCAUACAUUCUUUUGAAAGUUUUGAGUUUUUAAAAGAAAAUUUCUCUAAAAGUAUUUGGUAUGUCAGGCUCAAAUUUUCACUGACAACUGAAAUUGUUAUGUUCUUUUGACAUUCAGAGUUUAUUUUAAUAGGUUGAUCAGAGAAUAAAAAGCAUAUGCUAAUGAGGCAAAAAUGUAAACAAAGAUUCGCCUGUAGUGUGAAAUGUUUCUAGACAACCCAUGAAUCACUAGAACUUUAAAUGUAGUUUUAAUCUAGUGCACAUAUUGUCAUUUCAAGGGUAAAAAGAUUCAAAUUUUAUACAGUUGUACAUAAAAAUGUUCCAAGAACCCUGACAAUUUUAUAUUUAAUAAGAUAUUAUUGAAAAAUUAAAGGUGUAACAUAAAAAAUUCUGGUUUUCUCAGAGAGUUUUUACAGUGUUAAAAAGAAUUAUUAUUUUGUCACUUUUGGAGUCUAAUUCUUACCUUGAGUGACUCUACCGUUUUGGUUCAGAAUUAACUCUGCUAUUUAAUUAUUUAGGGAAAUGUGACAAGCUCAAAUUUUGUAACUACCACUUCAUGGUGACUUAAC